UUCUCACGCCAGAAAGAAAUUUCCAAGGCAAGCUUCCCUAAGGGAAAGAGAAAUGAGCACCAAGGGAAAAGUUAUUAAAUGCAAAGCAGCUGUUGUCUGGGAAGCAGGCAAGCCCUUCUCUAUUGAAGAAGUUGAAGUAGCUCCCCCCAAGGCUCAUGAAGUUCGAAUUCAGGUAAUGGCCACUUCCGUCUGCCACACUGAUGCCCUUAAUAUUGACCCUAAUUUCAAGAAUGGUGUGUUCCCAGUGAUUGUUGGACAUGAGUGUGCAGGAAUUGUGGAAAGCAUUGGGCCUGGAGUGACCAACUUCAAGCCAGGUGACAAGGUUAUUCCAUUCUAUACACCUCAAUGUAAAAAAUGCAAGUUCUGUCUGAAUCCACACACAAAUUUUUGUGGAAAAUUGCGUGAUUUUAAAACUCCUACUGCUGAUCAAAAACUAAUGGAAGACAAAACCAGCAGGUUUACCUGCAAAGGAAAGCCAGUUUACCAUUUCAUGGGAGUCAGUUCAUUCUCUCAGUACACUGUGGUGUCUGAUGUCAACCUUGCCAAAAUACAUGAUGAUGCAAAUUUAGAGCGUGUGUGUCUGCUUGGAUGUGGGUUUUCAACUGGCUAUGGUGCUGCAAUCAACACUGCCAAGGUCACCCCUGGUUCUACCUGUGCUAUCUUUGGCCUAGGAGGUGUAGGUCUUUCUGCUGUAAUUGGCUGUAAAGUAGCAGGAGCUUCCAGAAUCAUUGUUACUGACAUCAACAAUGAGAAGUUUACUCUCGCCAAAGCCCUGGGGGCAACUGAUUGUCUAAAUCCUAGAGAGCUAGACAGACCCAUCCAGGAAGUCAUCAUUGAAAUGACCAAUGGCGGGGUGGACUUUGCCAUUGAGUGUAUAGGAGGAUAUCAACACAUGCGAGCAGCUCUGGACUCCACAUCAGUAGGUGGGGGAACCUGUACUUUGGUCGGAGUGAAGGCUGGCGACAAAGCACUGGACGUGUCUCCAGAGGAGCUAAUAAUGGGCCGUACUCUAAAUGCAACACUCUUUGGAGGAUGGAAGAGUGUAGAUUCUGUACCAAAGCUGGUUAAUGACUACAUGAAUAAGAAAUUCAAUCUGGAUUUAUUUGUGACCCACACCCUGCCCUUUGACAAAGUCAAUGAAGCAUAUGACCUAAUGAACCAAGGAAAAAGCAUCCGAACAAUUCUGACCUUUUGAAGAUCCUAGGAACAAUUUGGAAGAUCAUUGUCUGGUUAAUAUGAUAAAUCAAGGAAAGUAUGACUUGUAAGAAACAGUCUCUGUUAAUAUCUCACCAUAAAAUAGCAAUUAAUAUGAGAAGCAUCUGUAAUCAUGUAUGUUUUCAGACUUACCUGUGUUAACAAUGAUAACUAAAGUAUUCAAGAAUAGAAUCAUAAGAUGGUUAGGAAUUGUCUAAAACUUUGGGGAGAAAGAAUGAAUAAAUAAAACUGGAUUUUCUUAUGUUUAUAAUUUUUAAGCUCACUAGUGAAUAUAUGGAGUCUCAUUAUACUGUUGUCUACACUUUUGUCUGUUGAAAUUUUACUACAAAAACCUUAAAGUAUCACUAAGUUUAUCACUGUAUUGAUUAUAUACAUAUAUAAAUUACUGUUACAUGAUUUCUGUGUUCUACUAAGCCACAAGACAUUCUUUGUAAAUAAGUUGCCAAAUUAUUUCCUUUUUAUGUUAUCUUUUCUUGUCCCCUCUA